GUAAUUCAGCGCACAAGACACGGAUUGUUAUCCCAACGUUUAUCCUUUCACUUUCAGCUCAGCAAAACAAACUGAGCAAUGGCGGUUCUGAUCCGCUGCUCUUGCUUCCUCGCACGCCCUCGCUUCUCACAACCUCAAUUCUACGCCAACAACCCCAAACCCCUACUCCCAGGAAAACUAGCUUGUCUUUCUCUGAAACCGGACAAGGGUGUUCCACUCUUUAAGGAUACGUUUGAUAGGUCUUCUGAAAUUUCAAGUUUGCUGCACUGCUCAAAGUGUAAGGAAGAUAUGCACCAAAGGUUCCCGUCACUGAUAUUUCUAGCUAGCAAUAUUUUGAUGUUCUCUAUGCCUAAUACAGCUUUGGCUGAAACGUGUGAAGCUGAUAACUCUGUUUUCAAUAUGCCUGUACUGCUGGCAGUAGCUCUCAUUGGAGCCACUGUAGGAGGGUUGCUUGCUCGGCAAAGAAGAAACGAAUUACAGCGGGUAAACGAGCAAUUAAUCCAAAUCAACACAGCUUUAAGGAAGCAAGCAAAAAUUGAGUCGUAUGCCCCUAGCUUGAGUUAUGCUCCCAUUGGUAGUGGUAGGAUACCUGAUAAUGAAAUUAUUGUUGACCCAAAGAAGCAGGAGCUAAUUGCUAAAUUGAAAAAUGGGAAGAACUUUCUAAGGAAUCAACAGCCAGAUAAAGCAUUCACAGAGUUUAAGAAUGCACUUGAGCUUGCCCAAAAUAUAUGGUCGAGAUGGUAUGACAACUGA